UCCUCUCUCUGCUCCUCGGACUCACUUCACCUGAUAAUCUGGUGCCAAAUUUACCGUUUCCUCUUCUUAUCACCAAGUACGACGCAUUUAUACUUUUUACUGAUUCGGUAGAUCUCGCUCGAAGUUUAUUUCGAGGCUCGGAAUAAAUAUUGUAACGUGUGUCGCCGUUGAGAUCUCUUGAAUGGAAAUUAGUGCUGCGUGAAGUAAACUCGGUAAUCUCAUUUUGCUGCAGAGAUCGGCUGCGUGUGAGAGAGUUUACUGGCAUUUUGUCUCACAUAUAGCGUUUUUAAAUAACCUGUGCUCCAUAGGGUAUGUUUCUUUGACGUUUUACGAGGAUUUGGUUGAUUUUUGCUGCAGUUUAAGGCCUCAAAGCAUCCUUCAAACCGCAUUAUCUAACUGUAGCUCUCAGCCCCUCUGCACAAAGGUGAUUGGAAUCAGGAGGACUGCUGUCAGGAAGAUCCAGGGCUGCAGGGCCUGAUUCUGAUUUGGAUAAAUAUUCAGAUUUUACCCAGAAUUACCUGCAGAGCUGAACACGUAAAAGUCUGGGUUCAUGCCGGAUUUCGAGCACUUCAGAUUUUCCUACUCAAGCAUGAAUCCGGUCCUGGGGGAGAGUGGUUUUCUGGCCCCUCAGCAGCAUCACCAGAUGACAGGCCAGACUGACUCCGCCAUCCCAGAGCCGGGUUACUUCCUGGGGGACCACGGUGGGUUUAGUCCGGAUGGGUUGUCUGGUUUAGACUUGGGUUCCCUGCCACCUUCGGGCCUUGCCUACCUGCACCUGAAUGCCCCCCUGCAUCGAGUUCCCCCAGCGGCCACGGCCCUGCGUAACGACCUGGGAUCGAACAUCAGCGUCCUGAAGACCCUGAACCUGCGCUUCAGGUGCUUUCUGGCUAAAGUGCACGAGCUGGAGCGCAGGAACAAGGUCCUGGAGAAGCAGCUGCAGCAGGCUCUCGAGGAGAACUGUGGCGGGGAGGGACACCAGAAGCCACAGACCAAAGAGAUGGGGGUCCAGACUGGAUUUAUUGGCCCGAUCCCACCCAGGCCUAGUCUCAUCCCGCUCCACAACGCCAACAACUCAGCUUAUCUUCCUGGUGGUCUCCUCUCCCCCACCCUGAACCCCCCUCCUCUAUUUGACAACAAGUAUCUGAACCCCAUGACAGACUCAAACUCCAACCUCACCACCUCUGGAUUCUCCAUCAGCCCCGCCCUGAGUCCAACAGACCCCACUAAGACCCUCACAAACAUCAACGAGAAGUACGCCUCAAACACCGGGACCAACACCAACACCCCGCCUCCUCCACCACGUUUCCUCCCCGGGACAAUCUGGUCCUUCAACCACACUCGCAGGUUUGGCACCGGGAAGGAGUCAUGCCUUACUGGCCCUGGGGUCUCCUGGACGCACCCAGACGGGGUUGGUGUGCAGAUCGACACCAUCACACCAGAAAUCAGAGCUCUUUACAACGUGCUGGCUAAAGUGAAGAGAGAGAGAGACGAAUACAAGAAAAGAUGGGAGGAGGAGUACACAGCCAGGAUGGAUCUGCAGGAAAAGGUGGCAGAGCUGGAGGAGGAUCUGCAGGAGAGCGAGGUGUGUCAGGACGAGCUGGCCCUGAGAGUGAAGCAGCUCAAGGCCGAGCUGGUUCUCUUUAAAGGCCUCGUCAGCAACAACCUGUCAGAUCUGGACACUAAGAUCCAGGAGAAGGCCAUGAAGGUGGACAUGGACAUCUGCCGACGCAUCGACAUCACCGCCCGCCUCUGUGACGUCGCCCAGCAGAGGAACUGUGAGGACAUGAUCCCCAUGUUUCAGGUGGCCACGCCCCCCUCCACUAUGAGCACCCGGGCCAGGAAACAGAGUGGGCAGUCAGCGAAGGGCGACGGUGAUGAAAUGAGCAUGUCUGAGGGUGAAGGAGGCGGGGCCAAAGAUGAGGAGUGCUGUACGUCGGCCAAUCAGAUCAACGAGCAGAUGCAGAGGAUGCUGAAUCAGCUGAGGGAGUGUGAGUUUGAGGACGACUGUGACAGUCUGGCCUGGGAGGAAACAGAAGAAACUUUGCUGCUGUGGGAAGAUUUCCCAGGAUACACUCUGGGAAUGGAAACGCAGGGAGAGCUGCAGCAGGAGGACUCCAUCGAGGACGUGAUUAAAGACACAGAGUCUCUGUUCAAGUCCAGAGAAAAGGAAUAUCAGGAGACCAUCGACCAGAUCGAGCUUGAAUUGGCGACAGCAAAGAGCGACAUGAACCGCCACCUGCACGAGUACAUGGAGAUGUGCUCCAUGAAGAGAGGACUGGAUGUCCAGAUGGAGACGUGCAGGAGGCUCAUCACUCAGAGUGGAGACAGGAAGUCCACGUCUCUCAUCACUCUGUCCGUGGACGACUCAGACGGUGAGGAGAAGGAGCGGAGAAAGCCAGCGCUGCCGGCCGACUCUGAGAGCAGGGAGUCUUACUGUGACGCCAACGCCGCCAUCCCUCCGCUCACCUGGAGGAAACCCUAACACACACUGAAACACACUUCAUCACACAUUGCUGGUUUGUACUGACACGCUUCUUUUAGUAGAUCAGCGUUUAAAGACAGGCAACAGAUCAGGCUGUGAUCAGCUGUAGAAAUUCUACCUAUAUGUGGUUUUUCUAAGCCAAAGGUUGCAGUUAUGUAAAAACCAGCCAAAAUGUUUAUACUUUAUCCUCUCUGAGGUAUUUUUCUGCGCACAAACUCCACACCAAAAUGUCUGGCUCAGAAAUAUUCCACUAACUUCCCUCCUCUCUAAACCUUAGUUUGUUUGCAAAAUGAUACUCUAUAGUUAGUAUUUUUGCCUCUUUGACAACGGCAAUAAAUCUUUCCUUCAUGUGUCUUUGGGGCCCUCUGGUGGCUAUCAGCUGUAGCUGCAUCUUAAUGAAGGUCAAAGUGAAACAGCACUUUGAAAGAAUAAUGACAUUUUCUGUUUAAAUUUUGCACACUGAUCUCGCUGUUUAGAGCAGGAGAUAGAUGUUUGCACAUUAUCUGUAAUGAUGCAAAGAUGCACAAAAGAAAGUUUGCACAUUAACCAUCACUGGGAGUGAUCUUAUAGGUAAACGUGACUUAUUUUUCAUGUUUAUUAUUAUAAUUGUUGAUGUUUCAGUGCUCUUUUUUUAGAAAAUGUGCAUUAAAACAUGUGCAUGCAACUUUUAGAUGUUUGCAGAGUGAGCAUGAGUUUCCUUUUUUAGCAUUAUUUUACUCAGAUUUCUCCCUAGUAGCUGUCUGACAAAGAGAUUAACAUCUAUCACAAGCCCAGCUUGCCUUAAACCAACAUCAAACACAUAAAACUCCGUCUUUUAAAGUGGUUUCACAUUAGGGACAGAUCUGAGUAGCCAGGAAGUCCGGUUCUGUUUGUCAGUGUGAAAGCAUGCAUAGUACACUCGUGUACUGGCCCCAGUCUGCUUCAGAGAUGGUCUCAGGCAUGAUUCAUGAGUACUCAUUGGGAAUGUGACUGCAGCUGUACCUGAAUACAGGGUACUUGUCAAUGAGUAGGUCUGUAAAGUCAAUUCUAAAUGUUCAUCUCAUCAAAAUCUGUCAUAUCCAUGAAGCACAGACCCAGUUCAUCCUCAGAGCACCGUCGUAGAUGUGGACGUAGGAAGAGGGUUGUAUUGGGCUUUUCUAUUACACUGAGCAGCUUGGCUCUACUUGGUUUGACUUGACACGGCAGCCCAGUGCAGCAGGAAAUUUGCUUUUCCACCACAACCAAGAUACCUGACUAGAGCAAAUGACCUAGGCAUUUUGAGUCGAUGACGUUAGAUAGCUACGCUUCAGUAGGCAUUGUAUGAGUCUGCAAGAAGAAGAAGCACUGUUUGUUUCUACUUCAGAGUUCCUUCUUCUUCUGUUAGUUUUCUGGUAGGUAUUUGAAAGUUUGGUGCAGCGGUUGCAACUUAAACACGUCUGUAAGGCGUCUCUGAAUGAUAAGGAACUGCUUUGUGGCGCACUUGGAGAUGGGGCGGGCACACUUGGGUCCUGCUCCAGAGCAGGGCCAUUCUGGGUGCUGCUCGGCUUAGCCUAAACUGAUGAUGGAAAAGUUAAUCAGCACGGCUUGGUUUGGAUUGGCGCUGGCAAAAGUCAUAGUGGAAAAGCCCCAGUUGUUUGUAUCUUAAAAAUGAUAACAUUCACAGUAGACCUGUGGGACGGGCUCCACUGAAAACACUCUAAAUUCUGCAUAAAGGUCAAAGUUAGUUCAGAGUAGUUUUCUGGAAUUAAAUUGUAGUCGUCUUUUUUUAUAUACAAAGUUAAAAUAAUAAGUGAAAAAAAUCAUUUAAAGUGUAUCUAGAGAGUAGAUUUUGGGUAUGCAUGCAAAUCUUUGGACCUUAGUUUGCAAAAUAAACUAUAAAAACAGAACUUAAAAGUUAUGAUUUGGAUCAGACGAAUUCAACACAAACACAUGUACCCACAGUAUAUUGCAUCAAAGUUUAUUUUUUCAUAAUUUAAUUUUUAAAAGUGAUUUUGAAAUAGACUCUAGAUUUGUUACACAUAAGUGACAUAUUUGAAGUCUUUUCUUUCGUUUUAUUUAUGAUGAUGACUAACAGCUGAUGAAAAUCAAAUAUCCAGUAUCUCUGAAUACUGGAAUAUGAUCUAAGAUCAAGCCAAAAGGACUUAAAAUGCAGAAACUUUGUCGGUUUAGUACCAAAGAUAAAAACAAAUAUUGUAGUAGCUGGUCAAACAAUCUGCUGUAGUUCAAAUUGAGCAUCAGAACAAAGGAGACAGGUAAUUCAAGAGACUUUGAGCGUGUUAUGGUUGUUGGUGAACUGACAGACUUUCACGUUUAUUCUGACUGUAGAGGUGAUAGCAUCAUCGUUUUCAUUUUAAAUACAGUUGCUAAAAUCUAGUACAUUCAUACUUUCUCUACUUUCAGUACGCUGAUUUUUUCACCUACAUCUGGCCUAAAAAUUGACAUCAAAUAUUCAUUAGUUUUUUAGAGAUGUUAACCCUUUACAUGCCACUUUUGUGUCAUGAUGUCACCAUGUUUUUGAUUUAAAAAACAAAAAAAAAAACAGAAAAAUGAAUUAUUUUCAAUAUGAUAGGUGCAAAGGUUUUUUGUGUUGACUAAUUACAGCCUGGGAUAUGUAAAUGAUUAGCAGCAAUAUUGAUUUUUCUGCAUAAUUAUUUUUUCCAUGUUUAGCAUGUUUUCCUCCCCAUAUGCCAAAUAUGGUCAAAAUGACGCCAUCUGGUGGAGAGUAGUAAAAAUGAUUUAUUCCAAGGCAAAAGCCCAGAUUGACACCUAGAUAAAAUAAAGUGCAUGUAUUAUGCUUUAAUGCAGUGGUUCUCAACUGGUGGGUGGGGACCCAAAAGAGGGUCAGUGGGACUGAAUGUGUGUCUGGAAAAAAUGGUGGCAAAAGUCUAUGAAGAACAUGCAUCUAUACCUUUUAUUUGACUCUGUUUUAAUGUGAUAAUGAGCAAAUUUAAAUGUUUAAUCAAUAAUUAGAUUCAUUUAUCUCCUUUCCUGGCAAAGAAAAGGCUGUUUUUUACCAUGUUAAUGAAUUAUUUUUCCCAAGAUCCCUGGAAAAGUGGCUUGAAUGUGUUUUAAACCCCUGUCAUGGGAAAAAGGGUUUAAAACAUGUCCAUUUUCUCUCGUACCUUUUUCCUUUCAAUAAAUUUAAAUUUUGUUCCUCCAGGAUCUUUAGUGCAACAUUUAUAUUUACUAAACAUGCAUUGUUGAAAAUCUUUGGAAAUUUGGGUGGCCAGUUAACCACUGCUUUAAUGGAAGUGAGAUCAAAAAUUGCAGUUUGAUUGGGUUUGAAUGGAGAAUCUUUUGUGCUUAACAGCUUGAGAGUAAGUCUUGCAUGUAAACGGUGUAUUUUAGACUUACAGUAGGAGAGGUGCUGGAAAUAACAAGAUCAAAUAUAUACAUAAUCUUGCCAAAAUUCAUGCCAUACACAUGAACACAGCCAAAAUGAUCAAAAAAUGAAGAAUGAAAAGUGGAUAAAUGCGCACAACUUUCCCUAAGGGUUAAGACAUUGUGUGAAAAUCCCACUAGAUCAGCCUGUCUAGCACCAACAACCAUGAUAUGUUAAAUAUAUUCCCUUUCUUCCCCAUUUUGAUGCUUGUUUGAACAUCAGCAUAUUGUUUUGCCCCAUGUCUACAAGCUUAAAUGCUACCCUGUGAUUGGCUGAUUAGGUGCUUGUGUUAAUGAGCAGCAGAUGUUCUUAAUUAAGCAAUCACUGAGUGUCUAUCAACUCUGAAAUGUGAAAGUCACAUGCCAUCUUUAAAGUGUUGAUGAACUCCUCUCUUUAGUUUGCCUCAGUCUUUAUUUUGCAAUAACUUAGCAGACAAUUCCCCGGUUAAUGCCUCAAUGGACCUAAAAAUUAAACUCACCCCUGCAGAACUCUCAGUUUGUGUCGCUGCUAUGAAAUAAUUUCCUACAUCCCUGUUGUUUCAAGAUUUUGAAUGUGACUUUGAGAAAGUUAGCAAUCUCAGAUGUAGGGCUACUUUAUUUUACAAAAGUAAAAAUCCUAUUUUAAGAGAGAAUUAUCCAGAAACUUGUACAGUUUGUAAAUGCUAAAUAUUGUAUUAAUGUACAGAGCAAAGCUGUGUAUAAUGCUGAAACAUCACAUGCCAUAAGAUUCAUGUAAAUGAAGCUGAGACUGAAGAAAGUGAACAUUUCAUUUAUGCUGUGUUUAGUGUCGCUUCUGCUCUCAGAUAUGAGAUAUCAGCAGCAAAUAAGAGGUCUGUUUGUUGUUUAAUGGCGCUGAAAUGAGUGAAAUGUACAUAUGAUGGAGCAAAAAGCUAUUUACUGGGGGAAAAGGUCCAAAAAUGUUGACUUUUCUUUAGUUUUUUGUCUGUUAUUGUGUCUUUGUUGACAUGCUGCAGUGACUGUGCCUCACGGUUCAUCUCUUCAAACACAUCUUUAAUAAAAUGAAUGUCUGCUUAGUCAAUAACCUGCCAUCUUCGUCACAGAAAACAGUGUUAGGGUGCACUCACACCAGCACUGUGCUGACUGCCCUGCACUCACACCGCUCCAAACCCAGCCAGACCUGGGUCCGGUUUUCUCUUGUAUGACAUAUGCAUGUUUUUACAUGAAGUGUGGCCUCAGAAUCAGCACAAAACAGACAACCUGAUUGUAGCUGUACUCUGUUUUUGGCUUAUUUUGAGUCAUUUGGCCCUCUAACUCUCCUGGAGUUCUCUAAAAAACAAGACAGGGCAUUGAUUCACAUCAGUCAUACAUUAUAUCCAUGUGCUUGUGCUCGAGCACGGCACAGAGCACCUAUUUACGUCAAACAAGCUGGUUGUGGGGGGUCAAACAUCCUUGGACAUGGCACAGAUUGCCUGGUGUGAGUGUGCCCUCAUUCAAGGAACAUUUUUAGUCCAGUUGUCUGCAUCUCUGAUCACAUUCCUCCUGGCACCAAAACAAAACUUUACAAAAAUGCUCUUUAGUAUUUGUCACUUUUUACUAAUGGUCAUUUUUGCUCAGAGAGGACAAAGACCGAAAAUGCUCCUUUUUACGUCAUGGAGAAACCAAACAACUGCAAGUGUUCAAUAUUAUAGUCUGUCAUCACUCACCUCAUCAUACUGUGUGCUUUACUGGAACUGUUGAGAUCUAUUUAUCAGAAUGUAAAUAAAAAAUAUGAAUGGGAAAUUAGAAGUAAAUCAGAACGACUUAAAGGCCUCAGGACACAGAAAUAAGAUAAAUUGGCUGAAUUAAACUCUGAUUAAACCGGAAUAAAAGAGGGGAAGAAACUCUACAGAACUGCAGUGAUGGUUUUCCUGAGGUCUUUAAUGGGUGCAGAGCUGAAUGUUUGAUCAGUUUACUGAAACAAGAUAAAAUGUGCACAGAAUUAAAGGCAUUGAAAGAA